GUACAGGAGACGAAGACUGCACACCGCUUUUUAUCGCUAGCCUGUUCGACGCGACCGGACUUUGUUCGCUCGGCUGACUGACGCGGUAGACUGAAAGCUUGAGAGCGUCAAAGAUAAAUACACGAUGCGGGCGAAUUCGAUACAACCGUUGCCUCAAGGCGACGCGCAGCAGCAGCAAAGGCCGCGCAACGAGCAUGCGCCCGGCCCGGUUGCCGAGCACACAGAGCUGGACAUGCCACCGGAGCAUGUAGGCGAUUGUCAUAUCUGCUAUCUCGGAUUUAGCUGCUGUGUUUGUGUUCGUGUACUGCAGCGAGCUUCCAGCCAGGCCUCACACAUACACACACGCUCACAUUUACCCCUGCCCGACUCGUUACCGCCAUGCAGCAGGAGCACAAGAGCGCGUGGACGGCUGUGCGGGGCCUGACCAAAGUCCCUCGCAUCACUGUACUUUUUUGGAUAGCCAAGAUCUGCUGCACCACGGUGGGGGAGUCGCUGUCAGACCAAGUCAACGAGACGGCGGGGCUCGGCCUGGGCAUCACCGCGGCAGUGUUCUUCCCGAUCCUGUUCGCGGCGACCUUCAUCCAGAUGAAGGUCCGGCGCUACUACGGCAUCAUCUACUGGGUCAACGUCAUCCUCAUGUCCAUCUGCGGCACCAUCGCUACCGACGGCCUGCAUGAUGACGCCGGGCUAGAGCUCUGGAUCGAGAUCAUUAUCUUUUUUGUACUAAUGAUGACGUGCUUCGGCAUGUGGUACUACUACGAACGGCAGCUGACUGUACACAGCAUCAAGACGCUGCGGCGGGAAACGUUUUACUGGCUGUCUAUUCUCUUCACGUUUGCCAUGGGCACAGCCGUGGGAGACGGCAUCUCAGAGGCCUGGGACAUCGGCUACGGCCCCAUCUUCGGUUUCUUUGCGGGCGUGCAAUCCUUCAUCUUCCUGGUGUGGCUGGCGCUCCGGCUGCUGGGCAAGGCGCCGCAGCACAGCCCAACCGAGACGCUCAUGUUCUGGGUCGCCUACAUCUGGACACGCCCUGUUGGCGCGUCGCUCGGGGACCUGCUGAGUAACGACCAGAGCGAUGGCGGCGCUGGCCUUGGCACUCUGGGCACGUCCAUGCUGCUUCUGGGCGUGAUUAUCAUCUGCGUGCUCAUUGGCAUGGUCACCAAGUACGACAUUAUGCCUGAGUCUGACGGCAUCAUGGCGCCUGCGGGUUCGGCGGACAGCAGCGCUGUUGUGCCCGCACCCCUGCCGUCUGCUGACGCCUAUGUGUACGACGGCACGACCCGGCCAGCUGCUGCCGAAGGCGCUUUGGCGGGGGACAAGAAGCAGGCGCAGCAGCAGCAGCGUGUGUAGCUCUGCUGCGUGCGUGCAGAUUGCUUGCUUUCGCAAUGCGGUAGCUGGUAGCGUUGCAGGACUAAAAUAAGGUUGCUGCAACGAACCUUGCUUGCUGGACACCUACCUGACUGUAGUGAGCGUAUCUUAAAGAUGAUGACCGCACUGGCACGGCCUGUGGCUUUAACGUGCGGCAGCCAGUCAUUUUCCGACGCACCAUACUUUGCACAGUUUGCAGCGUGUCAACCGUGCGUGUGAGUUCUAUGCAGGCCUGUGACCCCUGCCUCAGGCCUAAACCACCUGGUGAGGCUUUCCAUGUGUCCUAGCCAGCUGACAGCGCGAGUGCUGCGGAGAUGCUCGGAGUGCAUGGUGCACUCACACCGCGCACGGUUAUGCCUGGCGGUUAGGGUGAAGUUCCCAGUCUCACUGUACGUGAUAUAAACUUUGGUUGGUUUAAUGACGCCUGUUUGUGUGUUCACGUGUGUUCAUUCGGUACAAAGACAUGAGCAUUCGUGACUGAUUGGCUAUUCCGAAAGCCGGUUUGUAAAUUAGACGUAUU